GAGAGAGAGAGAGAAAAUUAGCUUUGCUUUUUGGCUGUUGUUUUCACUUCCCAUCUUGUAUUAUGUAGUUUGUUGGCAUUAUACGCACAGAGCUUCUUUCCUCUCGGUCUUCUUUUCUCAUUCUUCUUCGGUUAAUACUGCUGUUCAUUUCCUAAACUAAGUUUUGUAUCUGAUUCUUUGCUUGGCUUGGGCUGGUAGUGGAGGAAGUUGAAGAGACUGAUGAAGAGGAUAGUGGUUUUGCUUUUGGUUUUAACGUUAAGUGGGGCUGCCGAACAGAAUGUGAAAGAAAGUGAUGGACAUUGUAAAUAUGCUAGGUCUUUGGAACCCAGACCACACAGUGUGUCUAUUACAGAAUUUGGUGCAGUGGGCGAUGGCAAAACAUUAAAUACUGUUGCCUUCCAAAAUGCAAUCUUCUAUCUCAAGUCUUUUGCCGAUAAGGGCGGUGCUCAGUUGUAUGUUCCACCGGGCAAGUGGCUUACUGGCAGCUUCAACCUCACUAGCCACCUCACACUCUUCCUCGAAAGAGGUGCUGUCAUUCUAGGAUCCAAGGAUUACUUGCACUGGGAGGUAGUUGAACCUCUCCCGUCAUAUGGUCGAGGAAUCGAUCUGCCAGGCGGAAGAUACCGUGCCUUGAUUAAUGGAAACAAUUUAAAUGACGUGGUGAUAACAGGUGAUAAUGGAACUAUUGACGGGCAGGGCUCUGUCUGGUGGGAGCUGUUCAAUUCCGGUGAUUUGAAAUACAGCCGGCCGCAUCUUGUGGAAUUUACAGGUUCUAAUGAUGUCACUAUUUCAAACUUAACUUUCUUGAACUCUCCUGCCUGGAACAUUCAUCCCGUAUAUUGCAGUAAUGUGCAAGUUCAAAACAUAACAGCUUACGCCCCACCAGAGUCUCCUUUCACUUGUGGUGUCGUUCCAGAUUCUUCUGAGCAUGUUUGCAUUGAGAAGAGCAACAUUAGCAUGAGUUAUGAUGCAAUAUCUCUGAAGAGUGGUUGGGAUGAGUAUGGAAUUUCCUACGGCAAAGCUACCACAAAAGUCCACAUCAGGGAAGUUCAGCUUCAGUCUUCUUCAGGCUCUUCCUUAGCAUUUGGCAGUCAGAUGUCCGGUGGCAUCUCUGAAAUCCUCGCAGAGAACAUUCACUCACGUAAUUCACUCAUUGGGAUCAAUCUCAAGACAAAUAGAGGCAGAGGUGGUUACAUGAAAGCCAUUGUUGUCUCAGAUGUCGAAAUGGAGAAUGUUCAAAUGGCACUUCGUGUUACAGGCGACUUCGGCUUGCAUCCAGAUGAUAAAUUUGAUCCAAAAGCACUGCCGGUUGUUAAUGGCAUCACAUUUAAGAAUAUGGUUGGUGCAAAUAUAGGUGUUGCCGGGAAUUUUACGGGUAUAGAUGAGUCUCCUUUCACAUCAAUUUGUCUUUCAAAUAUUACUCUUUCUAUCACUUCCAAAUCUUCUGCCGCCUGGUAUUGUUCCAACGUGAUAGUUUCCUCAAAGGCAGUAUCUCCUGAACCAUGUUCCAAUCUUCAAGCUUCUUUUUCAAAUUCAUCCUCCCCUUGCUUCUCUCAAUUAUAUUUUUACCCAUUUGCUCAUGCUGCAUCUUCAUAAGAUCGAAAUUGCAAUUAUUUAAUUCCUUUGUACAUGAGAGAGUAAAAUUUUCUCUAGUUACAUUUUCAAUUCA